AUGGAGAAGUACGAGCCGGUCCGGGAGAUCGGGUCCGGCAACUUCGGGGUGGCCAAGCUGAUGCGCAACCGGGACACGCGCGAGCUCGUCGCCAUGAAGUUCAUCGAGCGAGGAUACAGGAUCGACGAGAACGUGUUCCGGGAGAUCGUGAACCACCGGUCGCUGCGGCACCCCAACAUCAUCCGUUUCAAGGAGGUGGUCCUCACGCCCACGCACCUGGGCAUCGUCAUGGAGUACGCCGCCGGCGGCGAGCUCUUCGAGCGCAUCUGCGACGCCGGCCGCUUCCACGAGGACGAGGCGCGCUACUUCUUCCAGCAGCUCGUCUGCGGCGUCAGCUUCUGCCACGCCAUGCAGAUCUGCCACCGCGACCUCAAGCUCGAGAACACCCUCCUCGACGGCAGCCCCGCGCCGCGACUCAAGAUCUGCGACUUCGGAUACUCAAAGUCGUCGGUGCUCCACUCGCGGCCCAAGUCGACGGUGGGCACGCCGGCGUACAUCGCGCCGGAGGUGCUCUCGCGGCGGGAGUACGACGGGAAGCACGCGGACGUGUGGUCGUGCGGGGUGACGCUCUACGUGAUGCUCGUCGGCGGCUACCCGUUCGAGGACACCAAGGACCCCAAGAACUUCCGCAAGACCAUCGCGCGGAUCAUGUCGGUGCAGUACAAGAUCCCCGAGUACGUGCACGUCUCGCAGACCUGCCGCCACCUGCUCUCCCGCAUCUUCGUCGCCGACCCGCGCAAGCGCAUCACCAUGGCCGAGAUCAAGGCGCACCCCUGGUUCCUCAAGAACCUGCCGCGGGAGCUCAAGGAGGAGGCGCAGCAGGCCUACUACAACCGCCGGCACGUCGACGUCGCUCCCUCGAGAUCAUGA